AUGUAUAAGCCACUUUUGUUAAUUUUGUUCUUAUCAAGAACGUUAUCUCAACCAAUUAACAAGAACAAUACUUUAGAACUGAUAUUAAAAAAUCAUCGUUUAACAUCCAAUGGUGGAGAAUUUGCGCAAUUGUUAAAAAGUUAUGGCGAUCCAGGAAGAAAAAAUGGAAAUCGAAAAGCCGAUAACGAUCAAACUAAUUUUUCUCAAAGUGGUGAAAUGAAUACGAGAAACGGAAACGUUUUAAACAACGAAAUGCAAUAUGUUAAUAUGGAAAAUGGAUUUUAUAAUAAACAAAAACAAGCCGAAGAUUCAGAAGGAAGGAAUCAGAGAUUUAGAAGUAACUGGGAGGAUCUUAGAAAAGAGUUUAUUAAUGGAGGAGAGACAGAUUGGAAAGGUUUCAAUGGAUUCGAAAGCAGUGACGGUGGGAGAAGUUACACAAAUGGCUGGAAUAGUAACGAAGAACCCAAUUUUAAAACUGCAUGGAACGGAAUAAAUAGUGGAAAUAUAGGAAAAGGAUGGAUUUUACCCGUUAACAUGGGCAAUUGGAAUGGAAUAGGUGGAAAUGGUGGCAAUAGUGGAAGUGGAGGAGGAGGAGGAGGAGGAUACAAUAAGGAUUGGAACGUACCGGUUAAUGGAAGAAUUGGAUUUAUACCACCAAACGGAUGUUGUAUUUUUAGUAGCAGUAGUUUAGGAAACGGAUGGAAUACGGGACAACAAAGCUGGAAUGGAUUGGGUUAUGGAAAUGCUUAUAACAAUCCUGGAUUUGGAAAAGGAUGGAAUAGUUAUAAUAACGGUGGAUUUGGAAAUGGACUUAAAAAUAAAUGGCUUGGAUUUGGAAAUACGUUAGGAAGUCUUCUGGGAAGCUUCAGUUUAUUUGGAAAGAAAAAAGUACCUUAUGGAUGGAAUGCAUAUAAUUGUUAG